GUUCCUGUUACCCGGUUACCCACGUGUGGUGUGAUCAGGUCCUGCGGGAUAAGCGAGGACUGAUCGACGGGAAAAAAUGGUGGCUAAGGGGGAAAUCCGCGUCGUUCGGUCCGGCGGCAGCAAGAUUAAUUACCGGAGAGCUGUCUUUUCCACGGACGCCAAAUACCUCCUCUGUGUUUCUGGAGACUACAUCAAGUUGUUUAGCACAUCCACAGAAGAAUGUGUUCAUGUGUUGCAGGGUCACAAAGACUUGGUGACUGGCAUCCAACUGAAUCCGAAAAACCACCUGCAGCUUUAUUCAUGCUCUUUGGACGGUACUAUUAAACUAUGGGAUUUCAUGGAUGGCAUUUUAAUAAAGACAUUUUCUGUAGGGUACAAACUCCUUGCCUUGUAUACAACUGUGAGUGCAAGUACCAUCUAUGCAAUUAUUCCGAAGAAUAACAACGCAGCCUCAGAUACUUUUCAGCUGAUUUCAAUAAAACUACCAAAGUCGACUAAUCAAGAAUGUAAAGAUACAGAGCUGACCACGAUAUUUGACGAUGUUAGCCCGUCACCCAAAUGCACAGCAGUAGGAAGAGAUGGUGAAUAUAUUGCUACAGCCAAGGGACUUAACCUCUUUGUGUACUAUUUCAAGAACAAGAAGUAUUUUAGGAUGCCGUUAAGUCCUACUUCCAAGAAAGGCGCUAAUAACAUCUUCGCUGUUGUGGCAUGUCACCCUAGCGAGGACUGCAUAGCCACCGGGCACAACGAUGGAAGAAUACGCCUCUGGAGAAACUUCAACCAUAAACAGGACUAUACCUACACAUCCCUGCAUUGGCACCAUGAUGUUGUCAUGGAUUUGUCUUUCUCUGCCCAAGGAACAAAGCUGUUCAGUGGAGGGAUUGAGUCGGUGCUGGUGCAAUGGACAUUUGGCUCGGAACAGAGUAAAGAAUUCCUGCCGCGUCUUGGAGCAGCCAUUGAGCACAUCUCCACCUCGCCUGAUGGAUCUCUGCACUGCACAUCUCAUGCAGAUAACAAGAUCUCCAUCAUCAGUGCCGGUUUAAAAGUUUCUGCUGUCAUUCAAGGCUUGGUGAAAGGAAAUGAUGUUAAGACCGGCUUGACCUUUGAUCCUAAGAGCAAGGCCUUGGUUCUGAAUGGGAAACCAGGUCAUCUCCAAUUCUAUUCACUACAGAAAGACAAGCAGCUCUAUAAUCUAGAUAUUGUGCAGCAGGAAUUUGUGCACCAAGCAGGGCUACAGUACAUGGAUUUGGUGAAAGCCGCUUUCAACAACAAAGGCGACUGGUUGGCGACGGUGGAGGAGUUACAAGGAGCCGAUACCGAGGGACUUGAAAUACAGCUGAAGUUCUGGGAAUAUCAGGAGGCAUCCCAGAGCUUUGUUUUGAACACCACCGUAAACAUGCCUCACGAAGAUCAAAUCACCUCCAUGUGCUUCUGGAGCAGAGACCGUUCAGAGAAAGAUGCUCCUUCUUUGGUAACUACAGGAAAGGAUGGUCUGUUUAAAGUCUGGGUGCUGCGAGAUGACUCUGACAUAUACAAGCAGAGCAGUGGCUGGUUCUGUGAUUUUGUUGGCAGCUACCACAAAAACAAGGCAACGUACUGCAGCUUCUCUGAGGAUAGCUCGCUGCUGGCUGUCAGUUUCGAAGAGAUCGUCACUAUUUGGGAUACUAGUUCCUGGGAAAUGAAAGUUACGUUCUGCCAUCCACCUGGAAGAAUCCGGAGCCUGUGUUUUGGAAGAAUGAACUGCUCCAAAUACCUUCUUGCUUCUUCCAGUAAUGGAUUCAUAAACUGCUGGAACCUACUAACCUGCACACUGGCGUGGAGGGCCCAGCUUGAUGCCGCGAUUCUGGAGCCUGACUCUCAGUCUGAAAAUAUUGCUGCCUUCUCAUAUGCCACUGGAAGCACAAACUUGAUAGUUUUCAAACCUGAUGAGCCGAGACCAAUUUAUAUCCAAAAAGACAUCUGCCGUGAGAAAGUACAAUACGCUUUGUUUGUACCAAGGGACGUCCCGGAAACUCCACUUUCAGAUAGCCACCACUGGCUUAUCCGGUCUCAGCUUUACUUUCUCACAGAAAUCCAGGAGCUGAUGACUUUUAGUACAAAAUCGCCAGAGCAGAGACUCGCUCCUUUAAGCAAGCAGUCAGCAGCGGAAGAAAGCUUGCCUGUUACACCUUUUCACAUACUUCUGGGAAAGAAACGGCAGCAGGAGCAAGAAAAGCAGGACCUAGAAAUGGGGAGGUCGUCGGCCAGCAGCCACAAAGUACAAGGAGUGGUCGCCAUUAAAGAACUUCUUCAUACUCCGGCCCAUGUUUUACCACCUACAAACGUGUUGUGUACCAUUUUUGUGAACGCCUUGUUAAUCUCCAAGCAAAGAAAAAGCACCCAGGAUGAAGCGAACAAGGAUGUGGAAAUGGAAAGUGAAGAAUCAGGGGAAGAAUCUGAAGAAGAAGAGGAAGUAGUAGGUGAAGUUACAGAAGACCAGGAGCCUUUCCCCACUGCCUUCUCAGAUGACCUACCUCAAAAAUUGCCGAAGUCUCAAGAAAAAGAACUGCGCAGAAUACGAAAGACAGAUUUCAGCUGGAUAUCGGCUUUGUAGGACUGUCCCACUUCCUUUUGCACCUUCUAUUUUUAUAUUGAUCUUAACUCUUAUAUGACUGAAAUAAUAUACCUUAAACCAA